UUAGUUUAGCGGUAAAGUGUAGAUGAGAAUAUUCUGUUUAAAAUGAAAUUAAAAUAGAAUCUAACUUAGAAAAGAAUAUGUGAUCAAACAAUAAUAUUAUUUAAAAUAUUCACUAUUUGAAAAUAAAAUAAAAGUAAAUAAAACAUUUGUAUGGGUAGUGAAGCAAUACAUGAUAUGGAAACAGAAUCUGUUAAAUCUGAACAAAGUUCAAGAUCUAGACGAUCACGUACACAUCGUGAUCGUGAUCGUGACCGUGAUCGAACUACAUCGAAUCAUCGACAACAUUCACAUAGAAGUACUAGAAGUAAUAAAUCAACUAUAUUACAACGCAACAAAGACGCUGAACACAUGGCUCCAUCACCAUAUCAGACAACAGUAACAAUGAUUGACAGUGGUAACAAUGGUGGUAAUAACAAUCAAGAAAUCAUAGAAGUACAGAUAUUACCACAAGAUGAUAACUGGGGUGAAAAUACUACAGCUAUCACAGGUAACACAUCGGAUCAAUCUCAGUCAAUGGAAGACGUACUAAGUGCAACAACUGGUGGUACUGGCGGUCAUGGUGGUCUCUGGUCAAACGAUUUAGAUACAUUCGGUAGUGUUACCUUAAACGAUGGCAGCUACACCUUUACUAGUUAUUGUAUGAAAUAUUUAAACAACAUCAUCACAUUACUCCUAUCAUUAACAUCAAUUAUAAGCCCUGUUUUAAUGGUAAUAUUACCAAAAUUAGGCAUCUUCACUGCAUUAUCGUCAUCGACAUUACAAUUACAACGAAGCAGCACAACAUUACAACAUUUACAAUGUAAUGCAGAAUGUAAAGGUCUUUUAAUAUCAUUAAUAUUUAAAUUAAUUAUAUUAAUUAUAGGUUCAUAUAUGUUAUUUAUUAGACAACGUUCUAUUAAAAUGCCAUAUAUAUAUAUUUAUAAAAUAUUUAUAUUAUUAUUAAUAUUUAUAAGUACAUUUACAUAUUGGUUAUUUUAUUAUAUACAAGUAACAGAGGUUGCACAAAGUGCGACUACUCUUAACGAAUCUGUUACAUAUCAAUCGUUAGUAUCAUAUGCGAUUUAUUUAACUGAUACACUGUUAUUGAUACAUUAUUUAGCUGUUAUAUUGAUUGAAUUAAAACAUUUACAACCGAUGUAUUAUAUCAAAAUUAUACGAUCACCAGAUGGACAAUCACGAUCAUAUCCAAUUGGUGAAUUUAGUAUACAGCGUGCGGCUGUAUUUGUUUUAGAACGUUAUUACACCGAUUUCCCAAUUUAUAAUCCAUAUUUGGAGCGUAUUCCAACAAAACGACAUAAUUCAGGUAAUACAAAUAAAAAUCAUUCAUCAACCGCUAGUUUUAAGUUUUAUGAAGUUGAUAAUGUUGCAACAACAAAUAAUACAACUUUGUUGAAUAACGUUAUUCAACAACGAACUGGGAGUACAUGUAAUACAACUACAACAUCUCGUAAUCGACGUGAUUCUAGUCAUCAUAAUGAGAGGUUUUAUGAAGAACAUGAAUAUGAGAGACGUGUUAAGAAACGUAAAGCACGUUUAAUAACCGCUGCUGAAGAAUCGUUUACACAUAUUAAACGUUUAAAUCAUAAUGAAUUUAAUAAUACAAAUGGUACGGGUCAAAUACCAAUGGAUUCUCAAGAAGCUGCACAAGCAAUCUUCCCAUCUAUGGCACGAGCUUUACAAAAAUAUUUACGUGUAACGCGACAACAACCUCAACAUACGGUUGAUUCGAUAUUACAGCAUUUAUCAAACUGUUUAAAACAUGAUUUAACUGCACGAGCAUUUCUUGAACCGUAUUUAGUACAAGAACCAGUGUUACAAAAUGAUAAAGAACAAGAAAAACAAACACAAACUUGGGCUUUAAUAUCGGAUCAAUUGUUGUCACGUUCAAUUCAACAUAAUUGUUGUUUUCAAUUAAGACAGAAUGAUAUUUCAUUGUUGUGUACUAUUAAACAAUUACCUAAUUUUAAUUUGACUGAACAUAUUGUUGAUGUUAAAUCAAAUAAAUUUGUGUUACGAUUAAAUUCUGAGACUUCUGUUUGA